CAUCUUCUCCCCCUGAAGUGGACACUGCCCACAAUCUCCAGAAUGACAUCCUUUCUGGCACACUGACUCAAGCUGGAAGAUGGCUUCUGCUAAUUUCAAGCCGCCACAGAUACUUUCGGACUCCGAUACCGACUCCGACUGCGACCACUCUAAUGCUGGAUCUGAGCUCUCGAAUUCUAUCUUCAAAUCCUACUUAGAAUCGUCGUUGUCAUCCUCCUUCACCGCCGUUGAUCUUUCCAAGAUCCAAUCAUUCGUCACCACAUCCUCAUCCAGCGUUCUAUCGUGCCUCAUAUGCCUCGAGUGCAUCAGGCUCUCCGAUCCAACCUGGUCCUGCUCCUCGCUGUGCUUCAGUAUUUUCCACCUCCUCUGCAUCCAAUCCUGGGCCCGCCAAUCCUCUGACCUCUCCGCCACCCGUGCCGCCACUCGCUUACCGAUGUUUGCCGAGACAGCCUCCGAUCAGGCAACCUGGCACUGCCCCAAAUGCAGAUCCCCUUACUGAAAAUCAGAAAUUCCCAGAAAAUAUUUCUGCUUCUGCGGUAAACUCGAGGAUCCACCCUGCGAUGAUCCCUGGAUUUUGCCCCAUUCUUGUGGGGAUGUUUGCAACCGCCCUUUGAAGCACAAUUGUGGACAUUUUUGCUUGCUUUUGUGCCACCCGGGACCUUGCCCGUCCUGCCCCAAGCUGAUUAUAACGCGGUGUUUUUGUGGUUCUGUAGAAGAUGUGCGCCGCUGCGGAUUCAAAAAAUUUUCUUGUAACAAGCCUUGUUCGAAGCUUUUGGAUUGCAAGAAACACAGAUGUUCUCAAAUCUGCCAUGAAGAGACGUGCCCACCCUGCCAGGCAAGGGGUACCUAACGGUGUCGGUGUGGAAAAAAAGGAAGAGGAGAGAGACUGCUGUGACUAAGAUUUCCUAUUGAAAAUUCUGCAUGUAGGCUCAACACAAGAUUUGCAUCCAACCUAAAAUCAAUUGGCAAUAGGUGG